UUUUAAUUAAUUGCCACUUUCAUUUUGGGUGUGUUUUUCAACAACAGAUCUGCACUCUGCCCCUCCCGAUGUCACCACAGGCCUCAUGGAGCAUUCCCAUUAUGAGCGUCCACAGGUGGCUUCUGUGAGAGGUGUUCCUCCGGGGUACAGUGGGAGCGUCCUGGAAACGGCAGAUGGUGUCCCAGUGAACAGCAGAGUGUCCUCCAAAAUCCAGCAGCUUCUAAACACCCUGAAGAGGCCGAAGCGCCCUCCCCUGAAGGAAUUCUUUGUGGACGAUUUUGAGGAAUUGCUGGGAGUUCCACAACCAGAUCCAAAUCAGCCAAAACCUGAGGGAAAUCAGAUGGGGGUGCUGAAAGGGGAACCUCUGGCUCUGGGGACUCCUUGGCCUCCAUCACUGCUGGCUGCCCUGCAGCGGUGGGGUACGACGCAACCCAAAGCCCCCUGUUUGACCGCCUUGGAUACAACGGGGAAGGCCAUGUCCACCCUCACCUAUGGCAAACUUUGGAGUCGGAGUUUGAAAUUGGCUUAUACCCUACUUAAUAAACUGACUAGUAAGAAUGAACCACUACUGAAACCUGGAGACAGAGUGGCGCUCGUGUUUCCAAAUAGUGACCCUGUGAUGUUCAUGGUUGCGUUUUAUGGGUGUCUCCUGGCAGAGCUGGUUCCUGUCCCUAUAGAAGUGCCAUUGACAAGAAAGGACGCAGGCAGCCAGCAGGUUGGGUUUCUAUUGGGCAGCUGUGGAGUUGCCCUGGCCCUGACCACAGAUGCUUGUCAGAAAGGUCUUCCCAAGGCACAGACUGGAGAGGUGGCGACUUUCAAAGGUUGGCCCCCGCUCACCUGGCUGGUGAUUGAUGGGAAGCAUCUGGCCAAGCCCCCCAAGGACUGGCACCCCCUGGCCCAGGACGCAGGGGCUAGGACUGCCUACAUUGAGUAUAAAACCAGCAAAGAAGGCAGCACAGUGGGGGUCACGGUGUCCCACGCUUCCCUGCUGGCACAGUGCCGGGCUCUGACCCAGGCAUGCGGGUACUCAGAAGCUGAGACCUUAACAAACGUGCUGGAUUUCAAGAGGGAUGCUGGUCUCUGGCAUGGAGUCUUAACAAGCGUAGUGAACAGGAUGCAUGUGGUCAGCGUCCCGUACGCACUGAUGAAAGUCAACCCACUCUCCUGGAUUCAGAAAGUGUGCUCCUACAAAGCCCAGGCCGCGCUAGUGAAGUCCCGUGACAUGCACUGGUCUCUCCUGGCUCAGCGAGGGCAGAGGGACAUCAGCCUGAGCUCUCUGCGCAUGCUGAUUGUGGCUGAUGGCGCCAACCCGUGGUCGAUAUCAUCCUGUGAUGCCUUCCUCAACGUCUUCCAGUCCCGAGGUCUGAGGCCAGAGGUUAUCUGUCCUUGUGCCAGUUCUCCUGAGGCACUAACAGUUGCCAUCCGCAGGCCACCUGAUCUGGGAGGACCUCCUCCAAGAAAAGCUGUCCUGUCAAUGCACGGUCUAAGUUAUGGUGUGAUCAGAGUUGACACCGAGGAAAAGCUCUCAGUCCUUACUGUUCAGGACGUCGGUCAGGCGAUGCCUGGGGCUAAUGUAUGCGUUGUGAAGGUGGAAGGUACACCUUAUCUUUGUAAAACCGAUGAAGUUGGGGAAAUAUGUGUCAAUUCCAGUGCGACUGGUACAGCAUACUAUGGAUUGCUUGGAAUCACAAAGAACAUGUUUGAGACUGUCCCGGUCACUGCAGAAGGAGCACCUGUCUCUGACAGGCCUUUUACCAGGACGGGCCUGCUGGGCUUCAUCGGGCCUGAUAACCUGGUCUUUAUCGUGGGCAAGCUGGACGGGCUGAUGGUUGUUGGAGUUCGCAGACAUAAUGCAGAUGAUGUCGUGGCCACUGCACUGGCUGUGGAGCCCAUGAAGUUUGUCUACAGAGGCAGGAUCGCCGUAUUCUCUGUGACUGUGCUGCAUGAUGACCGCAUUGUCCUCGUGGCUGAGCAGCGGCCCGAUGCCUCAGAGGAGGACAGCUUCCAGUGGAUGAGCCGCGUGCUACAGGCUGUCGACAGCAUUCACCAGGUGGGUGUGUAUUGCCUGGCCCUGGUUCCUGCCAACACCCUACCCAAGGCUCCUCUUGGAGGGAUUCACAUUUCUGAAACCAAACAGCGCUUUCUGGAGGGGAUGCUGCACCCAUGCAAUGUGCUGAUGUGCCCUCACACCUGUGUCACCAACCUUCCCAAACCUCGUCAGAAACAGCCAGAGGUUGGACCAGCCUCAAUGAUUGUUGGGAACCUGGUUGCUGGGAAGAGAAUUGCACAGGCCUCUGGGAGAGAGCUCGCACACCUAGAGGACAGUGACCAGGCACGGAAGUUCCUGUUCCUUGCUGACGUGCUGCAGUGGCGGGCCCAUACUACCCCUGACCACCCACUGUUUCUGCUGCUGAACGCCAAGGUGAGCAAGUCCGCGUGCGUCCUCACCACACAGGCCAUUGCGCGGCUGCUCAAGUCCAGGGAGGCGGCCGCCGCCGUGGACGUCAGGACCUGGCCCACCGUUCUGGAUACAGGCACCUUCUACCUUGUGCACAACACAUGCAGGAACACUAACAUCGCUGGUGUCUCCUGUUUAACAGAUGACAUACCAAAAAAGAAGGUGGCUGGUAUUUUCCGACCCCCCUCCCCAGACGUGCUUGCCUACUUGGACUUCAGCGUGUCAACCACGGGGAUAUUAGCGGGAGUGAAGAUGUCACAUGCAGCCACAAGUGCCUUGUGCCGCUCCAUAAAGCUGCAGUGUGAAUUGUACCCCUCACGGCAGAUUGCCAUCUGCCUGGACCCCUACUGCGGCCUUGGCUUCGCCCUGUGGUGUCUGUGCAGUGUCUACUCAGGACACCAAUCGGUGCUGGUGCCGCCACUGGAGCUGGAGAGCAACGUGUCCCUGUGGCUUUCAGCCGUCAGCCAGUACAAGGCCCGUGUUACCUUCUGCUCAUACUCGGUGAUGGAGAUGUGCACCAAGGGCCUGGGUGCACAGACAGGCGUCCUCAGGAUGAAGGGAGUUAACCUGUCGUGUGUGCGCACAUGCAUGGUAGUCGCCGAGGAGCGGCCCAGGAUCACGCUGACGCAGUCCUUCUCCAAGCUGUUCAAGGACCUGGGCCUGCCUGCGCGUGCUGUGAGCACCACGUUUGGGUGCAGGGUCAAUGUGGCCAUCUGCCUCCAGGGCACAGCCGGCCCAGACCCCACAACUGUCUAUGUGGACAUGCGGGCACUGCGCCAUGACAGGGUACGUUUGGUAGAACGGGGUUCUCCGCACAGUCUGCCAUUGAUGGAGUCUGGAAAGAUCCUCCCUGGAGUGAAGGUCAUCAUUGCACACACCGAGACCAAAGGGCCCCUUGGAGACUCACACCUGGGAGAGAUCUGGGUGAGCAGCCCGCACAACGCCACCGGAUACUACACAGUCUACGGGGAGGAGGCACUUCAUGCUGACCACUUCAGUGCCCGGCUGAGUUUUGGAGACACACAGACCAUUUGGGCAAGGACUGGCUACCUCGGCUUCCUCCGAAGAACAGAGCUCACUGAUGCCAGUGGAGAGCGGCAUGAUGCGCUGUAUGUUGUUGGUUCUCUGGAUGAAACGCUCGAGCUGAGAGGCAUGCGGUACCACCCCAUCGACAUUGAGACAUCUGUGAUCCGAGCACACAGGAGCAUUGCCGAGUGUGCUGUGUUCACCUGGACCAACCUGCUGGUGGUAGUGGUGGAGCUGGAUGGGCUGGAGCAGGAUGCGCUGGACCUGGUGGCCCUGGUGACCAACGUGGUGCUGGAGGAGCACUACCUGGUUGUGGGCGUGGUAGUCAUUGUGGACCCGGGCGUGAUCCCCAUCAACUCUCGGGGUGAGAAGCAGCGUAUGCACCUGCGAGAUGGCUUCCUGGCCGACCAGCUAGACCCAAUCUAUGUUGCCUACAACAUGUAAGCUUAGCACACCAGCCCCCAGUGCUUGAGAUGGGCGUGACCUGGAUGUCAAAGCGUUGGAACCAGUGCAACGCAUGAAGACGCUGCGGUGUCUCCACCACUGGGAGAAGGGCGUGCAGUCUUCACAACAGCGCCCUUCUGUGCUUUUACAGAUCCCUCUCAAAAGUUCCCCAAACCUCAUUUUAGAAAGCACUUCCUGAAUUAUUUAAAGAAAUAUUUUGAGUCUGCCAAGUACAUUUACAAAAACAUGGGUGUCAGUAUUUUAACAGAUGGAGAGACUGGGCAAAGGAAGGGAAGGCCGGGUGUGGACAUCGUGAGGAACGAGACACCAUGGCUGUUCUCUGCUGUACUGUGAAUUUGCACUUUUUUUAGGCUUAAAUAUAGUUCAUGAUUUUUAAAAUUCAAUUAUUUAUUCCCACUUCAAAUGACAAGUUCAUAUUUAGAAUUUAUGCUGGAGAGAACUUUAAGGCUGCUGGAACAGCUGCCAGGCUUCUGUUUCACAGGGUGGAGCUGAGCCCAGUGAGGCUGAUGGAAAGGGAACAUGUCCCGGCCCCCCACCCCCACUUGCGACUGCACUGUGGCCAUUCACGGUGCUUCCUCUUUGCGAGUUUCCAUGUUGAAACAGGUGUGCCGCCAUGUCUGCAUAUGUUGUCACUAAUACUCAUUAAGUGCCAUUUUGGACUGUCAAGUUAGAUCAUCUGUUCAGAAGGUAAACCAGUAUUUAGUUUUAAAUCACCUUCCUGGUUUGUAACUUUAUGCUGUUUAGUUAAAUUGCUAGUUUUCCUAACACUACAAUAUUAAUUCUUCUCAUUGAAUUGUACUGGAUUAUUAUUUUUAUUCCAAGUCAACAGAGUUGGAAGCAUUGGUGGCGAAGUGUGAGGUUUUCACAUGUUUACUGCUGUUUGGUGAGAGUCCUGCAGUACAGCUGAGGAGUAGCAAGGAGAGCCUUGUCCCACGUGGAAGGUGGGGAUGGUUAUAGUCAUCGUUGGCUUUUGCAUUUUCAAUUGUGUGCCAAUAAAUUUGGCCAAACCGUUUUCAGUUAUUUUAUUCAAACUUGACUAAGCUGUUAUCUAAUAUUAUACUGAACCUAAAUCAAAGAAGAGAAUGUAAAACCCCUUAUUUCUAAGAAUUUGAAGUCAAGCACGAAUCUAAGACACAGAUUAUUUUUAUAUACCUAAUUAAGAGUAUGUUAUGAAGUUGUUGGUUUUGGGGGGUGUUGGGGAUGGGAAAGUUUAUUAAUCAUGCAUGUUUCACAGAAACAACCAGGUUUUUCUGAAAUUAGCCUGGAUCAGUGCCUAAUGAAGCUGUUAUUAAUUCUCCACAAAUGAGUCUGGCUGACUGGGCCAGCUCUCACAUCUUACUUGCAUUUGGCUACAAAUAGCACUGUGCAUAGUAGCCCUGUUUGCCAGUGGUGUAAGACUGCAGCAUAGUAUGUGGCAACGUCCUGGAAUUCUAAUGUCCUGUUGUAAUUAUGUACAGAAUCUGUGUAACUUAUUGUUUGACAUACAGAGGUUUUAGCAGUGGACCAAUGGACAUUCCUUACAAUAGAAUGGCUGGGGAAGGAAAAAAAACUACAUAAAACUCCAAUCUUACUGCUGUAGUUUUAUAGCAAACAAAAAUUGUAAACUUUUUGUAUUGAAAGGUCAGUGGCAGUAAUAAGACAAAGUGUCUUGUAAAUUCAGAUUUUAAGAAGUGCAUUAAAAUGUUUUAAAGUUACUCUCUGGGAAUUCUGUAUAUCACACUAAAAUUUUUUAUAUUAUUAUGUUAAUAAAAGUUAUUGACUGUUUGUAAUUCUGCAUUUUGAAAUAUGUGAAAAGGUUUUUAAUAUUACCCCAAGUAGAAUGUAUUUUAUUAUGCAUUAUUUUUUUCUGAAUAUAUAAGCAAUUACACUUACAGCAUAAAAUCUAGAAAGUACAUUAAAGUGUAAAGAAGAAAAUUAAAAUCUCUUACAGUCCUA